AUGUCUUCAAGAUCGAAAGUCAUAAUUCUUGGAGCUGGUAUAUCGGGCAUUACAGCAGCUUGGACGUUAGAAAAACACAAUAUAACUGACUUUGUAGUUCUUGAGGCCCAAGAUUACAUUGGUGGAAGAGUUAAGUCUAUAAACUUUAAAGGAGUUGUCAUAGAAACGGGCGCCAACUGGAUUCAUCAUGCACAUGAUAGUGACAGUGCACCGUUAUUGAAGCUGAAAAAGCAAGUGAACUUGAAGGGCAAAUGGAGUAAUUAUUCUGAUGUUGUUGUAAGGAGCAGCAAUGGCCACAUCAAGCCACACAAUGAUAUCAUGAGCAAGUUUCAAAGUAUUCUCCAAGCUGCAACAAACGAAAAGAGUCACGAAGACAUCCAUUCGUCGUUUAGAAGUCGACUGUCCCGCAAUGGAUGGGAGAACAACACCGUGUUAGCAAAUAUCAUCGAGUAUUUUUACAUCGACUUCACGUGUUCUAGAGAACCAGACACUGUGUCUUUCUGUCACCUUGUUAAUCGGGAAAAUGAUUUUUUCGUAUCUGAUCCCCAUGGAUUGAGCUCUUUAUUUCAAUCCCUUUAUAAAGGCUUUAUCAAUAAAAUCGAGCUGGGGAGAAUCGUUAAUGCUAUCACAUACAAUGAUGAAGGCGUUCGAGUCUAUACCACCAACGGGAAGACAUUUCUGGCAGACUAUGUGAUCUGCACCUUCAGUAGUGAUGUAAUACUAAGCAACUUGGUUGCAUUUUACCCGCCUUUACCUAAAUGGAAGCUGAAUGCAUUUGCUAAAAUGCCCUUAUCAUUGUAUACGAAGAUUUUUCUCAAGUUCCCUUAUCAGUUUUGGGACGAAAAGGAGUAUAUUUUACACGAGUCUGCGCAAAGAGGUUACUUUCCUGUAUUCCAGAACUUCCAAAUUUAUUGUACUGCAGGACUCGGUAUUCUGCUCAUCACAGUGACCGGCCAGGAAGCAUUAAGGGUGGAAAGGCAAUCCAUAUACCAAACACAAGACCAGAUCAUGGUGGUGCUAAGGAAAUUAUAUUGGCCGGAAAUCCCUGAACCCUUAGGUAUAUAUUACGAUCGGUGGUCGCAAAACCCAUUUACUCAAGGAGCGUAUAGUGAAGCAGUCCUCGGCACAACCACGCGGGAUUUUCAAGACAUGGUACAAAACGUCAGCCAUUUGUACUUUGCCGGAGAAGCAACUUCAGAGAAAUGGUAUGGCUAUAUGCAAGGAGCCUUCAUAACAGGUAGGGAUGUUGCCAUGGAAAUUGUCAAGAAAAUAAACAAGAAAAGUUGGUCAUAG